UCACAUCUUCUUCACAUUUUUGUGUUGUUGUGCAGCUCCACACUUCAUCGCUCCACAAAUGGGAAUACUAGACAUCUUUCUUCAGUCCGGCGGCGGCUUCGCGUCCCUGCUGGCGGCUGCCUCCGUCCUGCUGCUGGUCUACGCGCUCUCAUCGGCUUUGAGCUCACAAGAAACCGAAAACGAGCCUCCGGGCCCGAGACCGCUUCCUGUGCUAGGAAACCUCCUGCAGCUGGACCUCAAGCGACCCUACAACACCCUGGUGGAGAUGUCCAAGAAGUAUGGGCCAGUGUUCACCGUCUACCUAGGCUCUAAGAAGGUGGUGGUUCUGGCUGGCUACAAGGCGGUAAAGGAAGCCCUGGUAAACCACGCUGAAGAGUUUGGAGACAGAGAUGUCUUGCGCAUAGUGAAGCAGUACAACGACGGACACGGCAUCAUAUGGAGCAACGGGGACUCGUGGAAGGAGAUGCGCCGCUUCGCUUUGACCAACCUGAGAGACUUUGGGAUGGGAAGGAAGGCGUGUGAGGAAAAAAUCAUUGAGGAGUGCCAGCACGUCUUGGAAGUCUUUAGGAACUUCAGAGGCGAAGCAUUCGACACCACGCAGCCAAUCAACUACGCCGUCUCCAACAUCAUCUGCUCCAUCGUGUACGGGAACAGGUUCGACUACAAGGAUCCCGAGUUCACCGCCAUGGUGGAUGGUAUGAACCGGAAAAUCCAGCUGGCAGGCUUACCAUCUGCCCAGGUAUACAACUUGUUCCCAUGGCUCGGCAAGAGGCUGCCACAGAACAAGGAAUUCUUCAGACUGACAGUUGACUACGGGAGAAAGAAUCUGGAGAUAUUUAGACGACUGAGGGAAAGCCUCAAUCCACUCAUGUGCAGAAGCCUGGUGGACUCCUUCUUUGUCCGAAAGGAACACUUGGAGGAGAGCGGGAUCACCAACAGUCACUUUCAUGAUGAAAACCUGAUGUGGACAGUUCAGAACCUUUUUGCCGCCGGCACCGACACCACGGCCGCCACGCUCAGGUGGUCUCUGCUCCUCAUGGCCAAGUAUCCUGACAUCCAAGAAAAGGUCCAUGAGGAGCUGAGCAGAGUGAUCGGGGAUCGUCAGGUCCAAGUGGAGGACCGAAAGAACUUGCCCUUCACCGACGCCGUCAUCCAUGAGACGCAGAGGCUGGCCAAUAUCGCACCCAUGGCCCUCCCUCAUCGGACCAGCCAGGACGUCGUCUUCCGGGGGUACUUUAUCAAGAAGUACACCACCGUCUACGUCCUUCUCACGUCCGUCCUUCACGACGACAGCGAGUGGGAGAAGCCGCACUCCUUCCAUCCCGACCACUUCCUGGACAAGGACGGGAAUUUUGUCAAGAACGAUGCCUUCAUGCCCUUCUCAGCAGGUCGUAGGGCGUGUCUGGGAGAGAGUCUGGCCCGCAUGGAGCUCUUCCUCUUCUUCGUCACGCUGCUGCAGCACUUCCACUUCAGACCUCCCCUGGGGGUCUCCGAGGACCAGCUGGACCUGACCCCCCGUGUGGGCUUCACGAUCAGCCCGACCAAACACAUGCUGAGAGCGCUUGACGACAUGAGGGGGAGGCACUCGACCUCACUCGACCUCCCAAGCAUGGAUGUUUCGGACGCGUUCUGCUCGCCGACCUGCAGCUCAGUGCUCGGCUCUCUGCUGGUGCUGCUCCUCGCCUACGUGGCCUGGUCGUCGGCCUCCGGCUCGCAGGGGUCCCGCCGGGAGCCUCCGGGGCCCAGGCCGCUGCCCCUGCUCGGGAACCUGCUCCGUCUGAACCUGAACGGACUACACUGGAGCCUCCUGGAGAUGUCCAAGAAGUACGGCCCAGUGUUCACCUUCCACAUGGGGCCCAAAAAGGUGGUGGUUCUGGCCGGCUACAAGGCUGUGAAGGAGGCCCUGGUCCAGCACGGGGAAGAGUUUGGGGAACGAGAUCCUCUGAACACUGUCAAGGAGUCCAAGCUGGAGCAUGGCGUCCUAUGGAACAACGGAGACUCGUGGAAGGAGAUGCGUCGCUUCGCUUUGAGCAACCUGAGGGACUUUGGGAUGGGAAAGAAGGCGUGCGAGGACAAGAUCAUCGAGGAAUGUCAACACCUCUUGGAAGUCUUCAGGAACUUCAGAGGUGAAGCGUUUGACAACCACCAGCCGAUCAACUACGCCGUGUCCAACAUCAUCUGCUCGCUGGUGUUCGGCAGUAGGUUCCAGUACGAUGACCCCGCCUUCACAGCUAUGGUGCAGCGCAGCAGCAGGAGCGUUCAGAUUCUGGGCGGUCCAUCCUUGCAGUUGUACAACAUGUUCCCCUGGCUCGGCAAGUGGUUCUCCUGGCUCGGCAAGUGGUUCUCCUCGGCGAGAGAGGAGCUCCGCAGUCUGGGGAUGGCCAACCGCAAGCAGGCCACGGAACUGAUCCAGCAUCUGAAGGAGACUCUCAACCCGCAGAGCAGCCGAGGCUUCGUGGACGCCUUCCUCAUCCGGCAGCAGCGCCAGGAGGAGUCCGGGGACGUGGGUCACUUCCACAAUCAGAAUCUUCUGAUUACCGUCUCCAACUUGUUCGUUGCCGGCACAGAAACCACCUCCACUACGCUCAGAUGGGCGCUCCUCUUCAUGGCCAAGUACCCCCACAUACAAGAGAAGGUCCAUGAGGAGCUGAAUCGGGUGAUCGGAGAUCAUCAGGUCCAGGUGGAGGACCGCAAGAACUUGCCCUUCACCGACGCGGUCAUCCACGAGACGCAGAGGCUGGGCGACAUCGUUCCCAUGGCGCUCCCUCACCGGACCAGCCAGGACGUCACCUUCCGGGGAUACUUCAUCAAAAAGGGCACGACAGUGCACACUCUGCUGACGUCCGUCCUCCGGGACGAGAGCGAGUGGCAGAAGCCGGGUUCCUUCUAUCCUGAACACUUCCUGGACAAGGAGGGCAAGUUCAUCAGGCCCGACGCCUUCAUGCCCUUCUCAGCGGGUCGUAGGAUUUGUCUGGGAGAGAGUCUGGCCCGCAUGGAGCUCUUCAUCUUCUUCGUCACGCUGCUGCAGCACUUCCGCUUCAGACCUCCCCCAGGGAUCUCAGAGGACCAGCUGGACCUAACCCCGCGUGCGGGCUUCACGCUCAGCCCGACCGAACACAAGCUUUGCGCUGUCUCCGUUAGCGGACAAGCAGGCUAACAAGUUAACGCCUUGCACUUUUUUUUUCGCCAAUCAUCUCAACUGAUAAUUAUUUAAAAAGUCACGCACAUUUAUUUUUUCAUGACUCUUUGCACAAAUGUGUAAAUGCAAAGUAGGUGCUGAUUGUAUAUAAUGUAAUACUAGAGUUUAAAUUGUUUGACAUUCUUGAUGAAU